AUGGCCGGAAAAGUAUUUCUUCUUCCUCACAAUUCGACUAGUCAACAGUUGGUAGAACUCUUUCACCCGGUUACCAAACAUACUCUCAGAUAUAUACUCACGUCUGACGAAUUAUUGCACGUCUUGAAGGUAGGCGACUCUACUCAACAACGUUCUUGGUUUAUAGGAGAUCAAGUUAUCUCUGACGGGCACAUUUAUAUAUGCGCUCCAGUAGAUAUAGUGAUUUUUCUACUCCCUGUGCUUCAAGAGUUGACUUGGAAUCGUCGAUUUGAACCUUGUCGUUUCUUAUCAUUUGAUGAUAUAUUGGAUCAUUUUAUUGCCCAAGGGGCUCACUAUUCACGGGUUGGUCAAAUUCUUGGCUCGAAAUUAGAAUACACACUGCAGAGAAUAUGUAAAAUAAACGCAGCAGUUGGUUCAUUACCAAAAACGUAUCAAUUGGAUAAAGAUGCGGUGAUUCAAAUGCUUCUUCGAAAACUAAGAGUUGCUCAAGAAAACCUACCAACAAGUAUAAUUCGUGAGUUGAAUCGUCAAUUAGCACCAUUAGACUUGGACAGCCCUAUCCCUGAAGAUAUGUUUCAGUUGGCUUGCAAAGAGCAUGCUGGGUCCCUUGUUUUGGAAGACUUUUCCGAAGACUGGUUUAAUCAAAUAAUUUCUUGGGAGAAAGAAUUAUUACCAUUGCAUACAUACGUAGGACAACUUAAUGAAGAACGGAGAAAAAAGAAAGAACAAGAAGAACUAUCGGUUUCUAGGAAAAGGCCGCUUGGCGUUAAUAACGACUCAAAUACCGCAAAAUCAUCCACAAAGGGCAAUAGUGGGAGUAAGAAGUCUAAAAAUUUUUCUGGAGAGGGAAUGGCAAAGAUAUCUUCUUUUUUUCAAAAAAAAUGA